CAAGAAUGUAACAACUCUCGUGUAUUUCUCAAAAAAAAAAAAAAAAAUAUGGAAAAGCUGAUGGAGCAAAGGAUCCCAGAGUAUGUACCGAGAAAUGGGUGUACUCCCAGAAAUAGCUAAGGCUGUAGAAGAGAUGGAUUGGACGUUGCCAACGGAUGUCCAGAAUGAGGCAGUCCCACUUAUUUUGGGAGGUGGGGAUGUGCUCAUGGCAGCUGAAACAGGCAGUGGCAAGACUGGUGCUUUCUGUCUUCCCAUCCUACAAAUUGUCUGGGAAUCACUUAAGGAUAUUCAGCUUAGCAAGACUUCAAAAGUUACUAAAGAAAUAUCUCCUCUCUGGUUGAUGAGCUUCUUUGACCGUGACGCAGGAAUGGCUGUGACACCUGAUGGCUUGCGGUGCCAGUCACGGGAUCCUAAAACAUGGCAGGGUGCCCGUUGCACCAAGGGUGUCACUGGCAAGGGAAAAUAUUACUAUGAAGCCGUUGUGUCGGAUGAAGGGUUGUGUCGUGUCGGGUGGGCAACUCCUCAGGCAGCAUUAGAUCUUGGAACAUGUAAAUCGGGAUUUGGAUUUGGAGGCACUGGAAAAAAGUCUAAUUGCAAGCAGUUUGACGAUUAUGGUGAAUCUUUUGGCCUCAGGGAUGUCAUUGGUUGCUAUCUCAACCUGGAUGCCAUGGAGAUGCAUUACAGCAAAAAUGGCACUGAUUUAGGUAAAGCUUUCACAUUACGAAGUGAAUUCAAGAAUGCUGUCUUCCAUCCAGCUGUAGUUUUGAAGAAUGCAGAGAUGUCUUUCAAUUUUGGUGCAACAGAGUUCAAGCACCCACCUAAAGCAGGAUAUGUAGCAGUCUCUCAGGCCAGCAAGGACUGUACUGUGAGCUCAGGUGUGAAGGGAGGUGGAGACAAGCCACAAAAGCUUCAGAACAAUGCUCCACACGCUGUCAUUAUUGAGGAAAGAAUGCCUUCAAGAGAACUCGCAAAACAGACCCUAAAACAGGUUCAAAUGUUUCGUAAGCAUCUAGAUAAUCCAGUGGUUCGUGACCUUGUUGGUGGUGGUAUACCCGUGAAGGAGCAAAUAGCAGCACUCAAUGCAGGUGUGGAUAUUGUUUGCGGUACUCCAGGACGCUUGGAAGAUCUUAUUAAUACAGGACAACUCUCUCUCCAGUCUUGCAAAUUCUUUGUGUUGGAUGAGGCUGAUGGACUUCUUAAACAGGGGCAUGAGCGUCUCAUCAAUAACAUCUACAACUCCAUACCCAAAAUCACAUCUGAAGGCAAGAGACUCCAGAUGGUGGUCUGUUCUGCCACCCUACAUUCCUUUGAAGUGAAGCGCAUGGCAGAGGAGGGGCCAAUAACAGAGGCAAUCCAUAUUCGUGUGUGUCUCCAUGGUGACCGCAAGCCUAAUGAACGCAAAGCGAAUCUCCAAAAAUUUAAGGAUGGUGGACUGAAGUUCCUUAUAUGCACUGAUGUAGCUGCUCGAGGAAUUGAUGUUGGAGGACUGCCAUUUAUAGUCAAUGUGACACUGCCAGAUGAGAAGAGCAACUAUGUUCAUCGUAUUGGGCGUGUGGGUAGAGCAGAGAGAAUGGGUCUAGCUAUCUCCCUUGUUGCUGCUGUGCCAGAGAAGGUGUGGUACCAUGGAGAGUGGUGUUCAACUCGUGGGCGUAACUGUUUUAACACGCGGUUGACAACGGAAGGUGGUUGUUGCGUUUGGUACAACGAACCACAGUAACUAGCUGAUAUUGAAGAGCACUUGGGAGUGACCAUCCAGCAGGUCGAUCAAGAAAUGAAAUUUCCAGUUGAUGAAUUUGAUGGCAAAGUGAUUUAUGGUGAAAAGAGAGCCAAUGUUGAUUCAAAGGUGGUCUGGACACCCAAUUUGGUCAGACAGGUGAAGAGAGCAUUUAGGAUAG